UCUAAUCGUCCAAUCAGAGCCGCCGCAGGAAGUUUAAAAGCAGCUCUGACAGCGGGUCGAUUUGAAUGUUGUUUUGAUUUCUGAACAUCUGAAAACUGUAAAAGAUCCAGGUGACGUCAUGGCUGAGGUGGGAUCCUGCAGACAGUUGGCCAAUCACAGCGAGUCGUUGUUGUCGUCACAGACACACCUGAGCAGAGGGGCGGGGCUUCAGGAGGAGGGCGGGUUCCCUCAGCAGAGUGCGUACUGUAAAGACGGGCUGAGGAGAGGAGGAACUGAGUUCAGCUUCGAGGAGCGAAGAGCCGAAAGAUACAACCAGCAGAAACAGCAGCAGAUGGACGAGAGGCUGAAGCAGCUGCAGCAGGUGGAGCAGCAGCUGAAUCAGGAGCUGGAGGAGAAGACGAGACUGUUGCAGCUCAGAAGAUCACAGCAGGUGCUUCAUGGAGGCUCCGCCCCUCAGAUCUGUGACUCAGGUAGACCACCGAGCGCCGCCUCCUUCCAGAUAUUUGAUGAGUCUCAGUCGCAGCCGGCCGCUGCCGCCGCUGCACUGCCUUCUGGAAACUCAAACGAGCUGCUGGACGACGUUUUCCUCCGACCUGACGAGAAAGGUCUGAGUGUGAAGAUCCAGUAUCCUCAUCCAGGUGGCGUCACUCCGUCUGAACACUCUCAGCAGGAAGUGAUGCAGUCUGAUGUCUACGAGGCUGCUGAAGGUCAUCAGAAGGGGGCGACGGAGGACCUGCAGACUCAGGCGGAGCCCCGCCCCCUCGCCGUCUCCCAGAAACCAGUGUUAAAAACCAGGAAGGAGCUGAGUCCCAUCCAGGAGACCAGCGUGGAGGCCAGCUCUCUGACCUCACUGGGAGCAAUGUCUGCUGGGAACUGUAGUCCUCUGGAGGAGGACCAGGAGGACAUGGACCACGCCCCCUCACCUGGUGGGGGCGCUGUGGAUCCCAGUGACCCGGACGUACGGCGGCGGCUGCUGGACCUCUGUGAUGUCACUUCCUCUCCAGACUUCCACUCAGAGCCCCGCCCCCUCCCUACAGUGGAGGAGCACAGCUGUCUGCAGCUCGGGGGCGACGUGUUUCACAUCUUCUCCAGGAUUCUGGACGGAGGAAGUUUCUCCGUCUAUAAAGGAGCCACAAAGGACGACGACGUGGUCAUCAAGGUGGACGGCUGCUCCGUCCUCUGGGAUUUCCACCUGUUUCAGCGUCUGAAGCAGAACUCUUCCUCCGCCGCCGCCAGUCUUCCUCUGAUCAGCUGUUUCCUGUUCCUGGAUGGCUGCGUCACCGUCUACACCAGCCCGCCGGAUCACGUGUUCACCGAGCUGACAGAGUGUGUUCCCAGUGAGGCGUCGGUGGGUUAUAAAGCUGUCGGUUUGCUGCAGCUUGUGUCACAGCUGCACUCCUGCAGGCUGCUUCAUGCAGCGCUGCAGCCACACCUGCUCAUCUGCUGCCACAGAGGUUUGCUGAGUCCUGAUUGGGUGUUCCCGGUGGACUGGUCGUCCUCGGUGGACCUGGACCUCCAGCGGAUCACGGCGGUGCAGCAGCUCCCCUCAGCUCAGACCUACAUCAGCCUGGGAGUCCUGGAGCCCUCCGCCCCUCCUCAGCUGGUGGACCUGGUGGGCGUGGCCGAAACCGUCCACCUGCUCCUGACCAACAGCAGGAUGGUUCCAGUGAAGGAUGACGACGGCUGGACGGCAGAGCAUUUCAGCGGAGACCAACCCUGCGACAUGUUUUCCAGGAUGUGGAGGAGGUUUUUCCGGUCGUUGCUGAACGCCGGCGGUCGUUCAUCGCUGUCCAUCCUGUCGGAGCUGACGGAGCUGCUGUCAACACUUUACCACUGAAACAUCGUCUAUUUAUUCUGUCUGCUCGUUUGUCUCCAUAUCUGUGUUUUUCUUUCUAACUAAAUAAAUAAAAAGGAUGUUUUAGAGGA